CUCUCUCUCUUCUCUCUCCCUUUUUUCUGCUCUUCUCCACCAAAGCUCGCUUUUCCUUCCUCGCUUUUCAAACUGCUGUGUUCGUCUGCUGCCUCUUUCCUCCAUCCUCUCCCCCCUCCCUACUUUCCUGCCCCUCUCUAUUUAUGAAAACGUCACUUCAAGUCCCUCCCUGUUUGAAUCUCAUUAGUUUCUUGUGUGUUUCUCCCUGUCAAUAAUCCCGAAUCCAGACUCUCUCUAUUUCCAUCCCUCUCUAGCUGUCAAUCAGCGCCGCCUUUGAACUGAAAACCACUCCGACCAACUUCAACUCACUCAAUCCGAGCGGCUCGGCUCCGUCUACGGCUUCUUUUUCUGCCAAGAUUCCCCCUUUUUUCAGUUUUCUACUAAUCGCCAGUCCUUGGGAAACGCCAGGGCAGACCCUAAACUCCAACUCGGAUUCGGGAUCACACAGAUCAAGGGUUUAAAACUUUGUGUUUUGGCCCCCCAACACUGCUCGGGAGAAAAUGCCGCAGCUGAACGGCGGUGGAGGGGACGAUCUGGGUGCGAACGAUGAAAUGAUUUCCUUCAAAGACGAAGGAGAACAGGAGGAGAAAAUUUCAGAGAACUCCUCUGCAGAAAGGGAUUUAGCAGAUGUCAAAUCUUCGCUCGUAAACGAGUCAGAAACGAAUCAAAACAGCUCUUCGGAUUCAGAGGCGGAAAGACGGCCUCCGCCUAGAGCCGAAACUUUCAGAGACAAAACAAGAGAAAGUUUAGAAGAGGCUGCGAAAAGGCAAGAUGGAGGUCUGUUCAAGAGCCCCCCGUACCCGGGCUACCCGUUUAUAAUGAUCCCCGACCUGACGAGCCCCUACCUCUCCAACGGAUCCCUCUCACCGACGGCGCGCACAUAUCUACAGAUGAAAUGGCCACUGCUAGAUGUUCAAGCAGGAAGUCUUCAAAGUAGACAAGCACUUAAAGAUGCCAGGUCCCCUUCUCCAGCACACAUCGUUCAAUCAGGAGAUGUUCUACACCUUGAACAGCAGCUCUUCACCUGCGAGCCGAGCGAGGCAGGCAGACGUUGGAGGUGGAUGAACACGGCCAGUGGAUUGGUUUCACCGCUCCUGCUCUGUGACGCCCUCCACCAGAAAUCUAAUAAGGUUCCGGUGGUACAGCACCCUCACCAUGUGCACCCGCUUACGCCUCUGAUCACCUACAGCAAUGAACACUUCACGCCGGGGAACCCUCCUCCACACCUACAGACAGACGUGGAUCCCAAAACAGGAAUCCCGAGGCCUCCACAUCCUCCAGAUAUAUCUCCGUACUACCCUCUGUCUCCUGGCACUGUAGGCCAGAUCCCCCAUCCUUUAGGAUGGUUAGUACCACAGCAAGGUCAACCGGUUUACCCAAUCACAACGGGAGGUUUUAGACACCCCUACCCAACUGCCCUCACUGUCAACGCAUCCAUGUCAAGAUUCCCACCCCACAUGGUGCCCCCCCAUCACAGUUUGCACACCACGGGCAUCCCACACCCCGCCAUCGUCACGCCCAACGUCAAACAGGAGUCCUCUCACAGUGACAUCAGCACGCUCAACAGCUCGAAACAUCAGGACCAGAAAAAGGAGGAUGAAAAGAAGAAGCCGCACAUAAAGAAGCCUCUGAAUGCAUUCAUGUUGUACAUGAAGGAGAUGAGGGCCAAAGUAGUGGCAGAAUGCACGCUGAAAGAGAGCGCAGCUAUCAAUCAAAUCCUGGGCCGAAGGUGGCAUGCCCUGUCUCGAGAGGAGCAGGCCAAAUACUACGAGCUAGCCAGGAAAGAACGACAGCUACACAUGCAGCUCUACCCCGGCUGGUCAGCACGAGACAACUAUGCUGCUAACCAACAGGGGAAAAAGAAGAAGAGAAAAAGGGAAAAGCAGCAGGCAGAUGGCAAUGAACACAGAGAAUAUUUUCCAAAUCCUUGCCUUUCACUCCCUCCGAUUACAGAUGCAAAUACCCCUAAGAAGUGCCGUGCCUUGUUCGGGCUUGACCAACUCAGUUUAUGGUGCAAACCCUGCAGGAGAAAAAAGAAGUGCAUUCGCUACAUUCAAGGUGAAGGCAGCUGUGUCAGUCCUCCCUCUUCGGAUGGAAGCUUACUAGAGUCGCCCCCAUCCUCCCCCUCCAUGGUCCCCAAUUCUCCGCCCUCGAAAGAGUCCAAACCACAGACUGAACAAAUGCAACCUCUUUCACUGACUAUGAAACCGGGCCCCCUGGUCUCAUCCUCACAUCACCAACACCAUCACCUGUCCAUGGCCCUGCCUCCGCCCUUAGCUCUGCUGGACAACUCAGGGGCAGGCAAAACCCCCGGCCCCGCCCACAAUGGCUCCUUGGACCCUUCAGAAGUGUCAACGUCUCGCCCCUCAGGCUCUGCCUCCUCUCAGCCUGCAUUGGCAUGUCAUUCCCAUUCUCUGUUGCCCAGCUCUGCCCCAACGCAACCGCUUUCGCUCGUAACCAAGUCAAUAGACUAGGCUUAACUGGCUCAGAUUUACCAGCUUUCAACUCCUCCCUUUCUGUCUGCUGACACACGUUUUUCCUGUGUUUUUUUUUUUCUUUUUUUCUUUUU